CUCUUUUUCUUUUGUGUUUUUUUUUUCUUCGCUUUGCUUGCAAUUCUUGUUAUAUAAGCGUUUUUAUUGUGGGUGAGAGUGAGUUCAUUCAUAUCUCGAUUUCCCAAAAGAAUUGUGAUGAUUAGCAAGUUUGCCUGCUGUUAUUAGCAGAAGAGAAGAUGAUGAUGAUGAUGAUUAUGACGAUUAUGAUGAUGAUGAUGAUGAAUUGCAAAUGAGACUUAGGAGGGAAGGAAGGAAUUAGAUAGAUAGAUAGAUUGAAAGGUUGUUUUUUUUUUUGAGCAUUAUUCGAUUCCAUUCAUUUCAAUUCAAUUCCACCGUAGUACCUUUUUUCUCGUUAUCCGAGCAUAUACACGUAGAGAUAGAGCUUCUUCCUAGAUUCUCGGCCGGCCGGCAGAUCUAAUGCUUAUUGUCUUGUUUAAUUCGUGGUCUCUUUUAUUAUAAGAGAAUUUUGGCCGCCCAGUUUUCUUGCAUGUAUUUUGGCAGCGCAGUCUUGUUGCAUGUAUUUUGCAGCUUUGUUGCAUGUAUUGACGUUGAACACACAGAGAAGAGAGAUUUUAAGAAAUGGCAGGUGUUUCAGGAGGCAAUUUGUGGACUAGUGGUGAAUCGAGGGCUUGGACUUCUUUGUUUCUUCAGACUGCUGCUGCCGAUUCACAAACUGUUUCUGCUGAAAUGGGGAAUUUUAGCUGGGGUUUGGAUGUCACUCCAAAUUCCGCCGCCAGUGUAGAAAACGCCGCCAGUUCAGCCGCCACUCACGAUCUUUUCGCCAAUUUGGGUGGUGAGCAGCUUGGGGAUUCUCCCAGCCUGCUGGAUUCUGCUGCGUUUGUCGACUCACAGCCCUGGAAUCAAACCCUAAUGAGGAGCCGAGGGGGAGACUCUGUGCAGAACAUGCAAGGCUCGUUGGGAAACCUAAACGAAGGAUUCUUUAACAGGCAAAAGGAGCUGGUAGGAGGAGUUCCUUCGGAAUGGGAAAUGAGAAACUUUGGAGGAGAGGACACAAUGAAGAACUUCACAGGAGAAGACACAACAUUCUCCACUAUAACUACAGAAAAUGGAUUUAGCCAUUUCAAUACUAGUGCUGCAUUAUCAGAUUUAGGAAGUCCCACAUUGCAGACAACAGACCAAACUGUAACUCAUAGCAUCUCAUGUGCAAAUAGAUUCAAUAGUCGAUCACUGCAGUUGCCAGUGCCUCAAUUUGACAUGGCAAGAAUAAAGCAGGAAUGCAGUGUACUGGAUCAGUCUGGUACCACACUAAUAUCCCAAGGACUGGAAUCAGACGCUUACAGCAAACAAGAUAUGUCAGGCAUUCUAGAGCCCUCAGCAAACAGACCCUUUCUAAAACCCAUGGCAUAUGACAAUGGACAAGCUUUUAUGCAAGGGGAGGAUCAGUACCCUGGUCUGUGGCCAUCUGCCAAUAGUUUUCCCAUCUCUCUCUCUCAAAUUCUACCCACAUCUUCGCAAUCGAUUGGCCCCUUAAACACUAAUAGAAAUAGUCCUUUAUGGGACUUGUUAUUCUCUAAAACAGACCUUAAGCCACACCACACUAUCCAAAACUUCCCACAUUUUGGGCAGGAGAAAAAGGUGCAAAUGAACAGGAUAACUCAACAUCUGACCAGGUCUCAUGGUGAUGAUGGAAGAGAUUGUUCCAGUGAGACUGGAAAGAGAUGCAACAAUGAGAGUAGUACAUCGGAUACCAUCUUCAAAAGGCCCCGCCUUGACACUACUAACUGUACAAUGCCUACUUUCAAGGUGAGGAAAGAAAAGCUAGGCGACAGAAUUACUGCUUUACAACAACUGGUUUCACCUUUCGGCAAGACAGACACUGCUUCCGUGCUGCUAGAGGCCAUUGGAUAUAUUAAAUUUUUACACGACCAAGUUCAGGUCCUUAGCACACCUUACAUGAACAAUGGAGCAGCCAACUCUGGUCAAGGGGUUGAGACAGGCUGGGCAGGAGGAUCAUGUGAGGGUAAUGAUUCAGAUGGAGCCAAACAAGACUUGAGAAGUAGAGGACUGUGCUUGGUUCCAGUUUCUGCCACUCUGAGUGUUACUAAUGACAAUGGAGCAGACUAUUGGAGCCCAGCCCUUGGAUGUAAUUACAGAUGAGACUGUAGAUCAUGAUUUAGUUUCUUCCAGUUCCUUUGGGUAUUUCAUCCCUAACACAAAACAUAACUGCACAGUGGCAUUCUCAACAAACAGAAUGGACAGAGAACUGACAGAAUCUACUUUAGUUGGCAGCAAAGGAAAACAGAAAUUAAUUGUAUAUAAGAGCUCGCUUACCCAUGAGAUAAGCAGCAGCAAGAGAAUUUAAACUUUAGAUAAAUUAGUUUAGCUCAUGUUAAUUUAUGAACCUUCUUAUGAUGUAGCAUGGUUGUCUCAAUACUGGGCAAAAAUCAAUAAAGCUAUUCAGCCUACAUCCAUUCUGACAGAGAAAAAAUGUGUAUGAUGGGAACACAUACUUUGUAUCAGCUGCCAACGCCAAAUUGGAAUCAAAUCCAAAGGUUUUGACAAACAGAAAGUUCCAAAGGUAAUUUUCCACUUUUGAUUUAAUUUCUCAUCAAAAUAAAACUCUCCAAAAAGUAUUGAGCUA